GCAGAGUGGGCCCAGGUUCACCAGCCACAAACUCUACCACUAGCCACAUUGACACACGUGAUUUGCUGGCGCAGGUGCGCUAGCCCCAUACCGAUUUCCCCCUCCACACACAAAUUUUGACAAGCUGAAGCCGAAAAAUCACAGCCUGCUGAGCCUGCCCGAACUAACAACAGGAAGUCAUUCUUGCCAGCAACUCAAAAUGGCGAACGAAAAGAAGGCCGUCCAGGUGUUUGGCAAGAAGAAGAAUGCCACAGCCGUCGCUCGCGCUGUGGAGGGCCGUGGCCUCAUCAAGGUCAACGGCAAGCCUCUGAAGCUUUUCGCCCCCGAGAUCCUCCGGGCCAAGCUCUACGAGCCCAUCCUCAUUCUCGGCACCGAGAACUUCGCUGCCAUCGAUAUCAGAAUCAAGGUCGCUGGUGGUGGUCACACUUCGCAGGUUUACGCUGUGCGCCAGGCUAUUGCCAAGGCUGUUGUCGCCUACUACGCCAAGUACAUCGACGAGCACACCAAGAACGUCCUGAAGAGCUCCCUCAUCCAGUUCGACCGCAGCCUCCUCGUCGCCGAUCCCCGUCGGUGCGAGCCCAAGAAGUUCGGUGGUAAGGGUGCCCGCUCCAGAUUCCAGAAGUCUUACCGUUAAAGCGGUGGUUCGUUUGGUCAUUUGGGGAAGCGGAGGAUUCGGGUGGACACGGACGGCGUUCGGCAUUGCAUUGGGCAGAAUACGAGUCGAUAUUUGGCAUCUUACCGAAGAGAUGCCUGCCGAGGAGGGGCUUCCGCGCUUAUGUUUGGUGGUUGUUUCUCCCGGCCGAGAUAGGAAUCAGACUCGGAGUCUUCUUGUUGUUGACCCCACCUUUACGAUACCUUUUCACGACGGGAGUCUGUUUUGUGGAAUCAUUGUGAAAUCAGGCGCCCGCUUUUUGUUAUGUUCAGCGACGAAAAAAAAAAGGAAGGGGGGAGUUCGGGUAUAGAGGCAGCUCAAAUGAUCGUUGGUUUUUCCCAAAAAGAUAAACCGAAGGUCCCCAAUGCUAUCCGUGUUCACCAACUUCACGUUGAUCUCUUCCGAGGCGCAUUUGGGAAGGACGAGGGGUGGAAACUGGGAGUCAAUGUGAGAGCGUAGCCGGGAUUUGGGAACGCCGACCAGCUUGGAGACUCGAAGGUAGAACACCAAAUCCAAUAUCAUGUGCGGCCUCAAUCUGGGUUUCGGUUUCCCUCUCGGUUUCUUCGCCAGAAGCAGUGACGUCGGCCCAGGGUCUCAUCCACAAGGCACAUACUCGGUCUAUUUCCUUUUCAUUAUCUUAUAUUACGCUCAAUGGCCCAGUGGGAUAUUGCAGGGAAUCCACGAGAAUGAACAUAUAUCACUUACACUCACACUCACUUUGAAGAAGACGUGCCAGGCAACACAAGCCAGCCAUCAAGACAGCACCCGAGACAGAUAAUAUUAGUACCAUCAGGUGAAAUACAAACCAGUCGAUACCCAUUCCCUUCCAAGCGCGCGCGCCGCACCGACAAGAAACCCAAGCCCAUCUAUCCAUCCACUGGUCUGCAGUUCUCAAAGUGGUGGUGGUGGUGGUGCUGUUCCGUCUGGCGGUGGUAAACCACAUAAAAUCCUCUCCAGCCAAUCACGCCCUCCCACGUCAAUACGGCCCAGGGUCCUCCCUCCCCUCAGAAUUUCAAAAAACUAAAUUUGGGAAAAAGGUUUACAUCUUUUUCUUCCCUUUUAUGUAGAAAGUUUCUCGAGUCCCGUCCCGUUCCCAUUUUUCUUUUUCCCAAGUCUUCUUUCUCCCACAUGUCGUGGUUUUCCCUCGAACCCGUCCAUGGCUGAAUAUUGAGGAGCAUCGUCUAAGCGCCCUCUCAACACACACACCCCUGUCUCGAUUUCCCCUCCUCCUGCCCUACAGACUCACCUCGUCACACAUGCCAUUGCUUGGCACAGAAUCUCGAAAACGUUGCUCUCAGAGAUACGCGCAAAGGCACUAUUCUACAGCACAAUUGGAAAACGACCCGCUCGGUUUGCCAUAUCAUCAUCAUACGUCGUCAAAGAUUAAAUGUGGUGGUGGUGGUUCCAUGAAACAGCCACGCAAGAAACAAAACAAAAAGACCAAAAAUACACCGAACUAUCCAAUACACCGAGGCUUCGCGCCAGUUCCUCUUCCCCGAAAUACGCGCAAAAAAGACAAGAAAACGCCCUGGCCCGCUGAUAACCCAUCCCGUCCAUCCCAACUGCCCCGAGAAAAGUGACAGGCGCCACUUUCAUAUGUUGCUGUAUGAGUUAUGUUGCUAAUCAUGCCACCUUAGCCUUGCGGCUCCUGUCUGGACCCAGCUAGGCGCUGGGCGAUGUGUCGUAUAUCACAGAAACGAAAUCAUUUUUUGCUGCGAAUUGGAACGUCAGUUCUGAGAGUCGGUCGUCGCCCCCCCAGAUAAACAUUUUCUUCACGAAAAUGCCGAACGAAAACGAUUAAACGGACGUCCCUUCGAGUCCACACAGUGAACAAGCCAACUAAAUCCAACCUCGCCAGAUGUCCACAAUGACAAAUGGUCCAUGUCAGAAAUGAGAUGGCUCACCUGUUGGCAAACUUCAUCAGCCACUGGAGAACCGCCUCCAGAUUGGUUUCCUCCUUUGCCGAGAUGCCAUAGCACGACACCUCUCGAUGCGCAAUGUUCUUAAGAUCCAUGGCGUCGAUGAGCUCAUCCACAGUGAGCUUGUUUGGAAG